AAAAAGACUAUUUGAAAACAAGGUGAAAUUUGUCAUGGACACACCAAGAGAUGGUUCGGCCACCCCGGCCCCUAACACGACGACCACUAAACAGCCGUCAAUGAUAUACAUAUGUGGGGAUUGCCAUCAAGAAAAUGAAAUCACCCCAAAGGUCCCCAUCAGAUGUCGAGAAUGUGGGUACAGAAUUGUAUACAAAAAGAGAACAAAAAGAGCUGUCGUCCUAGAUGGCCGCUAAAUUUUUCUUGAAUUGAAUAAACAACUUUUUUUUAAUUGGUAGUAAAUAAAUAAAUGAAAGACAACUCUUAUUGCCUUUUUUGAUAUGAUAUUUCUGUGUGCAUAUAUAGGAUGAAUAUAAAAACAAAGAUUUUCAUUUAAUUGUGUGAUUGAAAAAACGAUGUGUAUCGAUAGAUCUGGCAUUUGUAUGUAUAUAUAUAUAAAUAAAAAUGUUGAUGUCAUCCAAAAAAAUAAAUCCAUGUGUCAUGAUUUCUGCACAAGACUACCUCACUUACUUAAGAAGAAUAAAUCGAUGCAGCUGUAUGCCACCAAAGUGUUGUUGUUCAACUCGCCAGGAACUAAACUUCCAGUUAAUUUAUUGAAGAAAGAAAAUACAUCAAAAUGAAUUAUGUAUAAACUAAAUUUAAAACAAUAUUUAUGAUUUUUUUUUCAUUUAAGGACACGAGGGAUUAGUGCUUUCACCACAUGCUCCCCUUGCUUCGUGAUGGCUUAGUGGUUAAGGUCACCUGGUGCCGUUUCGCAGUGCGUGUAGUCACCGGGUUCGAAUAGAUCUU